AUGAGCCAGUUGGAAAUCAACACGGUCGAUCGUCUGGAUCGACCAAGCGCAUACUAUGUAGGAAAGAAUAAGCGACGUCGAUAUAAUGACCGAGACGAAGAACAAGAGCAGGAGGAUCCAACAUCUAAGCUGCGUGGCGCUACUACACUCUAUGUCGGCAAUUUGUCAUUCUAUACAACUGAAGAGCAGAUCCAUGAGCUUUUUGCCAAAUGUGGUGAGAUCAAGCGCCUGGUCAUGGGUCUCGACCGGUUUAACAAAACACCUUGCGGAUUUUGCUUCGUCGAAUACUACACACACCAAGAUGCGCUCGAUUGUUUGAAGUAUGUUGGAGGCACCAAGCUGGACGAACGCAUUAUUCGAACCGACCUGGACCCUGGUUUUGAGGAGGGGCGACAGUAUGGACGCGGUAAAUCUGGUGGUCAGGUCCGUGAUGAAUACCGAGAGGAAUACGAUCCAGGCCGUGGUGGCUAUGGCCGUGCAUACGAUGAGCAGCGUCAACGAGAAGAGGAUGAGUAUGGGCAAGGGAGGUAA